UUGCUUUCGCAGCGUCAUCUCAGCUGAAACACCGUAUAUCUAGUGCACUGAUUACGGCUGCUUUUUCAAUCGAUCUUUUACCUUUUUCCUUUGGAGGGAUAUGUCUACUCUAAUAAGCUAUUUUAAAAACGGACGCGUGAUGCAUUUCAGUAUUUAUUUCAUGAUUUCAUUUGAACGUGAAACCAUUUGGUGAUGGGGAAGAGCAUGAAGGGAUAGUCAUUUGUUGGCUUUUGGGGGGAGUGUGGUGACCGAAAGCGGUUGUAUCGGCGUCAGCUAUAUCAUAGUGCUCCAAUCUUAAGUCUAUUUUUUGUGGUAGAGCCUUUGGCAAUCAGCAUAUGUUCUCUCCGUCUCUGGUACGUGGGGGAGGCGGAGAGAGACGGGCUGUGGGAGAAGGCGGUUUAUUACCCGUGGAGCAAAACACAGUUUAUUUAGAGGGAUGAAUCGUAUGCAUUUUUUUCAAGUGGACUACAAAACUAAUUGUUGACUGCAGCAUUUGGCGUAUUUUCUCUGUGGCAAAUUAUACAGAAAACCAUCACUGCUGAGCAAGGCGCCCACCAGACCACUGCAAUUUCUGGGCAAAGAUAGACUGGCGUCGUCCUGCGGAUAGGCUUCUAUGGCAGCAUAUGGCAUCUUCUGAAGGGAAGAAUCCACGAAUCGUUUGCAUUUUAGAAUGUAUUUUUAGCAGAAUGCAGUGACGGGAUUUUGAACCCAGCAUCAUUAGCCUACGCGGUUUCCGGUUCCUAGCUGGUGUUUCCCCAUUGCAAAAUUAUCUGAAAAAGCAGCGGAUCCCGAUGGCAUGGACACUUACGCAAGGUCUGCCGCGCUGCCGUGCUACUGGAGCCUAUUUGCUGUCUCUCCCUUCAACCCAGCUCCACCGCCAUCGCCCCGCAGCCCAGAGAGCCCUGCCGCAACGCGACCAGCGACCACCGAGCCAAAGCAGGCGGCAUGAGGCUUGAUUCAGUACAUUUAUCCAUGCUGGUCAUCGGGGUCUCUUUCGCCUGCUACUCCCCGAGUUUGAACUCUCUGCAGGACCAGGCUUACAAUUCCGCCGUGGUGAUCGAGGGCAAGGUGCAGUCCGCGCCUCUGAACGACUCAGUCGAGGCAUACAGUGUGAAUGUCAAAGUGCUGGACUUGUGGCCGCGGAACAGCGGAGGUCUGGAACGGGAGCAGCUCGUCACCGUGGGGGAAUUCGGAUCGGAGGCUCUUUGCACCACAGUGAUAAAGAAUCACAAGUAUAUUUUUUUCAUGGACCCAACUGAUGAGCCUCUGGUUUUCAAGGCGUCGUAUGCUCCCAUAGACACUCGUGGGAAUAGUCUAAAAAAAGAUGUUGGGAGGAUCUUGUGUGAAAACUGCGCUAAUGCCCCAAAGUUGAAGCGGUUGAGGAACCUGAUGGUGGAAGAGGGGAGCAGGCUCACGGUCAAGUGUGAGGCUACAGGAAACCCCAGCCCUACCUACAAAUGGUUCAAAGAUGGCAGUGAGCUCAAGAAAAGCAGAGAUGUCAAAAUAAAGUCCAGCCAGAAGAACUCCAGGGUCCAGAUCAGCAGAGCCAAGCUGGAGCAUUCUGGGAAUUACACGUGUGUGGCAGAGAACCUUCUAGGGAACUCCAACUCCACGAGCACUGUUCACGUCCAAAGCAUAACUACCACACCGUCUCCAGGCUCGGGCCAUGCCAGAAGAUGCAAUGACUCAGAGAAGGCCUACUGCGUAAACGGCGGCGACUGUUACUUCAUACAUGGUAUCAAUCAGUUCUCCUGCAAAUGUCCAGAUGGAUUCUUCGGCCAGCGGUGUUUGCAAACAGAGCCGCUGCGGUUGCGCAUGCCCAAUCCUUACAAAAAAGCUGAAGAGCUCUACCAGAAGAGAGUCCUGACAAUCACGGGGAUCUGCGUGGCUCUGCUGGUGGUGGGCAUUGUGUGUGUGGUGGCCUACUGCAAAACCAAGAGACAGAGGAAGAAAAUGCACAAUCACCUGCAGCAGAACAUGUGUGCAGAUCACCCAAACCGGAACCUAGCGAACGGACCCAAUCACCCAGGACCUGGCCCUGAGGAGAUACCCAUGGUAGAUUAUAUCUCUAAGAAUGUGCCUGCAACGGAGCGAGUCAUAGGGCAUGUACCAGAGGACUCGUUCCCAGGCAGCCAUGCGUCUUCCAGAUCUCACAACUCCUCUACCCAUGCCCAUUCAUCCACUCACAGACACGAGGAGCGGACAUGGAGCCUGGAGCGGACUGACAGUGUCCUCUCAGACUCACCAGGCAUGAUGUCGUCCUCCGUGGGGACCAGUAGGUGCAACAGUCCUGCGUGCAUGGAGGCCAGGGCCAGGCGUGCCGCACACUGUGGCUCUACUGUGCCCCACCGGCCGGGCCUGCAGUACGAAGACUCGUUCGAUUCGCUGGGGGACUCUCCACACAGCGACAGGUAUGUGUCAGCCCUGACAACGCCGGCCCGCCUGUCUCCAGUGGACUUCUUUUACUCGCUGUCCCCGCAGGUGCCUUCCUUCCAGAUCACCUCCCCCAACACCAGCCAGGCCAUGUCCCUGCCACCCGCCGCCCACACUCCCUACCCCCCGGAGGAUGACCAGCCUCUGAUGCGGCGCUACCAGGUGCCCCUGCAUGACGUCCGGCGCCAGGAGCCCUACCGGCAGCAGCGCCGCACCUACCUGAACGACAGCACGGGCAGCCUGCCCUCUAGUCCCUACAGGCUGGCUGAGGAAGAAGACUACGAGACCACACAGGAGUACCUCUCCUCCCGUGAACAACCAAAGAAAAGUGGGACCGGCAGUGGUGGUGUUGGGGGUCGGCGCUUGCGGGGGUCCAGACAGAACGGCUACGUAGCGCCGAGAGGAUACGAGGCGUCACAGGACUACGGCUCUCGCAGCUGCCUGAUGGACAGCGAGUCGGAGGGGGAGGGUGAGAGCACACCAUUCCUCAGUAUGCAGAAUAUGAAUGCGGAGCCCUCCACCAUCUGCAGGCCGGCCAACAGUAGGACUUCUCAGUCACACUCUUCAGGGCGGCACGGUGCAGGCGGGACUGUACAGACGAGACAGACACACUCAUCUUCAGGGCGGCACGGUACAGGUGGGACUGUACAGACCAGACAGACGUCCUCACGGUCCAAACCGGACAAUGUACGCAUUAAAGAAAGAAGAUGAGCUACCAACGAAAAUCAAUAUAGUAUAAACCUGCACCUAUACAAAAUAUUUUUAUUUUAUAUAACUGACAGAUAUUCUAAACAAAUGAAAUAUUUAUUUUCAUUUUUAGCAAAAGUUGUCUACUAGUUAACAGCAAAGACUUUUUUAUGGGGAAAACUCUAUUUAUAUGUACAUUUUGAUUUACAGUAUAAAAAGACGUGCCAAUUUUUUCACAACUUCAAACAUUGAGUAAUAUUGUGGUGCCUUUUGCUGUAUUCCGAUGGCAGAGGGCCAGUGGAGGUUUUUGUAGCCUUUCUUAUAUGGACAUCAUUUUUUAUACACGUUUCCUCUUUUCUUUUCUUUUUUGAGCUUUGUUUUUUCUUCUUUUCAGGCUGCGUUCUUCUGGGAGUCGAGCCCCAUUUGAACAUUACCCUUCCCCUUCCACAUCAUGCAAUAUUAACCACUUAUAAACCACUUAUAAACCACUUAAUCAGAAGGUGUAUGUUUACAUGAAUAUAAUUCACCUGUAGGGUUUAUCAUUUUGGGACUCUCCAGUAGAACAUCUGAUCAAUGCAACGCAGGUCCUUGCUCUCUGAGUGGGGAGGAGUGUUUGUGUGUGCGUAAGUGCGUGUACUCACGUGUUUGUGUGCGUAUGUGUGUGUGUGGGGGGGGGGUUUGUGUACAGCUAUGCUUGUGCGUGUGUGAGUGUUAGAUGUCCUAAUGUGUUGUUGUACCAACCAACUGGUUGCUAUCUUGGGCGCCAAAGCAAUUGUAUCAGUAGAGGAAAGAUGCAGGUGCACAGUGAAGAUCGGCCUGGGUUCCAGGGUUACGCUGCUGUUGGGUAGAUAGUUCUGUUGGGUAGAGAGUUCUGUUGGGUAGAGAGUUCUGUUGGGUAGAGAGUUCUGUUGGGUACAGAGUUAUUUUGGGUAAAGAGUUCUGUUGGGUAGAGAGUUAUGUUGGGUACAGAGUUAUGUUGGGUAGAGAGUUCUUUUGGGUACAGAGUUAUGUUGGAUAGAGAGUUAUGUUGGGUAGAGAGUUAUGUUGGGUAGAGAGUUAUGUUGGGUACAGAGUUAUGUUGGGUAGAGAGUUCUGUUGGGUACAGAGUUAUUUUGGGUAAAGAGUUCUGUUGGGUAGAGAGUUAUGUUGGAUAGAGAGUUAUGUUGGGUAGAGAGUUGUGUUGGGUAGAGUUAUGUUGGGUAGAGAGUUAUAUUGGGUACAGAGUUCUUUUGGGUAGAGAGUUCUGUUGGGUAGAGAGUUCUGCAUGUCAUUGCUUGAUGUGUGUUUACAGCUGCCCCACCUUUGUUUCCUGGCCCCCUACUUGUACCAACAGGGUAAGGUUUAUCUCCUGGCCCCCUCCUUGUACCAACAGGGUAAGGUUUGUUUCCUGCCCCCCUCCUUGUACCAACAGGGUAAGGUUUAUCUCCUGGCCCCUUCCUUGUACCAACAGGGUAAGGUUUAUCUCCUGGCCCCCUCCUUGUACCAACAGGGUAAGGUUUAUCUCCUGGCCCGCUCCUUGUACCAACAGGGUAAGGUUUAUCUCCUGGCCCCCUCCUUGUACCAACAGGGUAAGGUUUGUUUCCUGGCCCCCUCCUUGUACCAACAGGGUAAGGUUUGUCUCCUGGCCCCCUCCUUGUACCAACAGGGUAAGGUUUGUCUCCUGGCCCCCUCCUUGUACCAACAGGGUAAGGUUUGUCUCCUGGCCCCCUCCUUGUACCAACAGGGUAAGGUUUGUCUCCUGGCUCCUUACUGGUCCCACCAGGGUAAGGUUUGUCUCAUGGUAGCCUCCUUGUCCUGGCUGAUUCUGAAGAAGAAAUGUCGUUGGCCAGUGUCUCAGUUGGUCUGGAGAUAUCCCUGCCAUCAGUGAUAGUGGCUCAAUACAAAGAGACAAAACUAAAAGCAAGAACAUCCCAUGAAUGUAUAUCUUUCUCCCAUCACCCAUGCCUCCUCCUCCUCAUCAUCCUCCUCAGCUGUCCAUUGUGUACCUGUGGCCAAAGUAAAGGUUCGCACAGCAUCUCAGGACUUCCACCCACCCCUCUGCCCCCUCUUCCCCUCUCUCUCUCCCCCUCUCCCUCCACCAAAAUAUUUCCCUGAGACUAAGCCCCCCCCCCCCCGAAGGACAUAAAGAACACAUCCAACAUGCUAUCCCUCUGAGCACUCCCAUCUAAAGAGAAGGAAAUGAGAGUGGAAUCUGGGUGGAGAACAAAACAGAAUAUAACAGAAUAAAACAGAAUAGAACAGAAUAGAAUAGAGUAGAGCAGAACAGAAUAGAACAGAAUAGAAUAGAGUAGAGCAGAACAGAAUAGAACAGAACAGAA